AUGCGGCAGUGCUGCUUUUUUUUGGAAACGUCAAAAAUUUUCAACUUGCAAUUUUUAAAUAAUAGCAGUACACGCAAUUUUUUUCGAAAAUGGUUCAAUUUCCAAACAAGUGUCAAAUUCGAUUUAUUUUCUAUCAAAAUGUCGUCGACGUCGCAGGAGGAGGACGGAAGCGAAGAAGAUGAACAUUUUAAGUCGUUAUUAUUAAUAAUCAUGUUUGGCUCACAUUUGUUUUUCUUCUUUAUCGUAUGGUUCUGGUUCUAUCCAGUAGACGAAUCACCGAAAAAUCACAUGAUGCAUAAAUUGGAGAAGGACAUUGCAAAAUCUCGAAAAAAAGGCGGCACGGUUCGUCCGAUCACUCGUCUUUCGAGAAGUAGGCUUCUUAGAUCGUCAUGACACGUGUCACGAACGUGAAUACCAGCUAACAGAAGACGAUCAAAAGUUGAUAAAACUGGUAAAAGAAGGCGAAACCAAUAAUUUGAAGCAGGGAUCCAAAUUGUUUGACGAUCUGACAAUGAGUUGUGGCAGUUUAAUUGUCAAGCGAGGUGCUACAAUAGAAACUAAUUUCAAUAACGAGACUAUGGAUCAGUUUGACAAUGAGGAAGCUGCUGUAAUUGAAGAUUUGGUACAAUUGAAACGGUCGAAAGAAGAAAAAGAAAAGAAGAAGAAGAGGAAGACGAAAGAAAGAAUGGAUGCUCUGGAUGAACUAACACAUGUCACCUCAAACGAUAGGAUUUCUCUGCUAUCUCGAAUAAUACCCGAUCUUCAUAACCAAUCACGAAAAGGACUGAAGCUCGCCCCAUCAACAAUCCGCGAGCACACUGUUAGCGUUCAGCCAACACUGGAAGAUGAUAUGACACAGAAGAAGGUGGUCAAAAAACCAUCGUCGAGACCACACAAGAAGCCAUCAACGACCCGUGAGCACACUCUUAGCGUUCAGAAAACAGUGGAAGAUGAUAUGACACAGAAGAAGGUGGUCAAAAAACCAUCGUCUAGACCACACAAAAAACCAUCAACAAUGGAGGUUUUGCUCAAAAAGAAAAAAUCGGCGGCAACGAUCAAAGAUGGGCGAACAGUACACAAUGUCAGUCAGAUGUCAGUAGUUUCAACUCAAGAAACGACAAGAAGCAAGAGUAAUAUGAUGAAACCUAAUUAAAA